AUGAACCCCCAAUUUAAUGCCCCACAGAUCCAGCCCCUGAUCCCGGGGCUUGGCUUCCCCGUAUCCAACAAACUUAUUCGCGGGGUGGGCCAGUUGUCCUGGCUCAGUCCAAAGGCUGGCCUCAUCACUUGCCAUCAGAUGAGUGCCACCGUUUCGUUCCAAUUAAAAGAUUUUUGCGAUCAUGUAAGUGUAAUAUGAUCUAAAUUGAUGUUGUCUUUAGGGAGUCACAGACUUGACUACCGUACUCAGACCUGGAUUCAGAUUGGCUUUCCAAGCCGUGGCUGAUGAGGGGAAGGAGUGGAUCGGCAAUUAUGUUUCUCCGUGCAACGAGCCAGUAAGUUUUAGAGAUUUUAAGAUUUCUAAAGUUUAUUUAUGGAGUCCUUAACACUCAAGACUAUCCCAUUUUGGCUGUUAUCUAUUAUAUAAACGGCGUUGAAAAGAAUCCUAGUAAUUCAUUUCUCAGCCGUAGUUUAUGCUUGUAUAGGACUUAAAUUUUCGUUUAAACAAAAAAAACUAAUGCACUGAAUAAUUAGAUUACUUAUGAAUAAACCGAAUUAAUAAAACUUUGCAGGACUCCCCAGACGCUCCAGAACUGAAUCUUGAGGACUUUGAGAGCCGUUCAGACAGCCGAGCUCCAACCAAGGACCCAUAUUCACAUGACUUCGAGGUUCAUGCCCUCUCAUUCCUCCUCUCCAUCUUCCAGAAGAAUGGUCUCCACAACAUUUCUUUGUCCUCUCUUCAUAGUAGAAUCAGCAAUUCUGGUCGAGACGAUUUAUAUCGAUAUAUUGGGUCCAGCUCUUUGAAGAGAAGACAGUUCAUUGAGAGGAGAUCUUACAUCUUCCACAUAACGGAGGGCGACGUCGUCUUUCUUCAGCCAGCUGAGAUCUACACUACUGUCCUUUUAUUGGCCGGAUUCUUGCUUCGACAUGGUGGUGCCACAUCGUCAGAUUCCUUGUUCAAUUUCUUCAAUACAUCCGCUCAUAUUCCACAAGCGGUCAAGGAUAGUAUCAUGAACAGUAAGUGACGAGUUCUCAUUGGUAACCCUGUCUCUAGACCGAUACAAAUUCAUGGAGUUCCUCUCUCAGCAUCAGUUUGCCUUUGCUCCCUUUCCUUCCCAAUUCUAUGUCGCUGUUCGUCGCAAUCUUCCCUAUUUCGACUACGCUUUAUUCAUCAAGAGGAACUUCCCGGCCUGUGUCUUCCCACCUCGAGGCCAAGCUGUAACUUACACUCCUGGGACCAUUCCCAACUUUGGAGGUUUUGACCAGAAUGCAGCUGCUGCAGCUGAUCAACUGGCCAUCACCCAGUUCAACUCCAACAAUCAGAUGUCUUAUGGUGGUAUGUUCCAUCCAGAAGACAAUUCCAUCUCCACCCCAAGGAAUCCAUGGACCAACAAUGAGAGUAACAGCAAUCCAGUUGGACCCUCUCCUGCAUUUGGCGCUUCGGUUGACAUGGGGUAUGGAUCCGCCCAAAUGCCGAAGCCCUUAGGGUCUGCUGGGGUUAUCGGAGGACCUAUGACCAGACACAAUUCAGUGGGCAGUAUGGGACAAGGACAACAAUAUGAUAUGGUGAGGCACAGUAACGACUUGAGAGUGAGCUGUUCUCCUCCCAUCAGCAGUCUCUUAGGAACCAUCAAGGCCAUGGUCACUAAUUCUGGCACUCAAACCGAGGAAUUCAACGAACCAGUAAGUAAAUCUAGAAUAGAUUUAAUGUCAAACAUGGAUUUUUUAUUAAGCGUGCUCAUUUUAGAGGCCAAUCGGAGUUGAUCCGUCGUGCAGAUGUCAAUGCAAUUGCCAGGCUAGCAAAAGGAUGGAGAAUGGAUACAAGAAUGGGAAGAUGUCUUCUCCAUUAAAGUCUAACCCGGCUUCCCGUCAAAGUUCCAACGGCCAGACAGGAGUGAUCGCCCCUCCAAACAGCAGCGGAUCCACCAGUUCUUCCAACGAAAGUGGUCUGGGUUCGAUGGGCGAGAUGCACCCCUUUUCUUCUCAUAUCUUCGACCAGAUGACUUCUAGUCCUGAGCCCAUUUCUUCGAUGACUUCGUUGAGCAACGCCGUCGCUUCGACUGCUUCGAUUUGGGGGGCCCCGAAGGUUAGCAAUAACAACAACCAGAACCCUUGCUUCGGGUUCCCGCAGCUGAUCACAUUCCCUCCGCCAAGUGGUCCCGUCUCCUCACAAAGCCAACAGAAUGCCAACCAAGGCUUCUACGAGCCCUUCUCCAGCAAGGGGCUGGAGUUGAAACUGACUUCGCUUCAAUUGUAA